AUGGGCCCCAUAUCAUUCUCUGCAGGCGCUCCGGCCCAAAAGCUAGACGAGUCAUCAUUCACACAGAUGGACCCCGAGCACGAUCUCGAAUCCAUCGGCAAACACUGCCAAUUCGACUACUGCCAUCAACUUGACUUCCUCCCUUUUCGCUGUGAAUCUUGCAAGGGAACAUUCUGUCUCGACCACAGGACGGAAACUGCACAUAAAUGUACACACGCCGGCGAAUGGGCCGCUGCUCGACGAAAACACUCCAUCGGAGCCAGCAAUACCAGCAGCCUUAUCUCGUCCCUACCCCCAACUAAACCCACCGUUUACAACUCCUCACAAUGCUCUCACCCGUCGUGCAAAACCCUCAUCCACACUUUGCAGAGCACCGGCGUCCACUGCAAUGAGUGCAACCGCCAAUACUGUCUCAAGCAUCGUCUGCGCGAGGACCAUGACUGCUCGAAAUUUAUACCGAUAGGCGCAAGGCUUGCAGGACAAGGCCCGUCGCAGGCUGACAAGGCACGCGUGGCUUUUUCCCGUCUGCGGACAUGGGGGAAGGAGAAGUCUUCGAACGUCGUGGCAAACUUAACCCCGAAGCCGAAGCCAAACAGCGCUGCUGCGCGCAUGGCAAGGCUGGCAGAUCUGAAGAAGAAGGCAAAGGGUGACCCCAACUUGCCACUUCAGAAGCGGUUAUAUCUACACGUUGAGGCGUCCGUGGAUACCACAACAGCCAAGUUCCCGACGGGCGACUUCUACUUCGACUCCGCUUGGAGUGUGGGGAAAGUUCUGGACGAUGCGGCGCGGAGGUUGCAAGUGCAGAAUGUGAAUAAUCGGGCUGAGGGCGAGGCGGAGAGGUUGCGUAUCUUCCAUGUUGAAGGGGGGAAGCUCCUGGAUUUUUCUGAGAAGAUUGGCUUUGCGGGUGGUAUUUCACAGGGAGAUACGAUAGUAUUGCUCCGUGGUGUGGGUCCCCCACCUGAUCUUGUAGGUCGAUGA